AUAUCAAAUAACCUUAGCAUUUUAAGACAAGUUAUGUCACUAUGAAAAAGAAUAACUCAGUCAAGAUAGACAUCUGUGUCAUGGUGACGUAAUUCAUCCACACAAAUAUAAAACACGAAAAUUUUCGUCAGUGCAGCAAAAGUUUUAGUUUGGGAUUGUGUUACAAGAAACCUUAAAAAUGAUAGUUAAAGUUUUUUUAUUGACGAUUGGCCUUUUACUGGUUAGCUGUGACGAUAUAAAAGUAAGAGUGGAACAAGAAAAAAGUGCAAACGGAGAAAAUGAAUUAAUUUCUGUGGAUUUGAAGAAAAAGGAUGGGACUGAAGACAUCAAAAUCACGGCAUUACUGAAAUUUCAUCUUAUUGAGGGAUUUGUUCAUUUAAAUGGUAACAAAUUGAUUCAUGGUGUUGUCAACUUUGUCCAUUUGAAAGUAACCAUUGUUGAAAUUGAAAAAGGUGUGAAAAAAGACCCAAGAUUGGCUCCUGUUCAAAUUCGUGUCUUAAUUGCUGAAAAAACAUUAAACAAUGGAAAUAAAUUGUUGUUGGUUGAAGAAGAGUUUGUCAAAGUUGAAGAUUUUGAAGUUAUUCAAGUGGACGUAAAACAAAUCAUAUGGGAAGGAUCAGUACGCAGACCUAUAACCAGCAAGCCACUGAAAAAAUGUAAAGUGCACUCCAUGCCACGUAAUAAUGACAAACACAUGUUUACUGGUGAACCAAAGCACUCCGAUGAAGGAUUUAAUUUUGACAAUCGCCAUAAAAAAUGUCACCACCACAAAGAGAAACACCAUCAUGGUAAAGUAAAAUGCUGGUUCCAUCACUUGAGCUGGAAAUCAAAACUUGCGUUGUUUUUUGUGGGAUUUCUGUCUGUGAUUGCUAUGGUACUGUGCUGUGCAAUUUGUGCCAAAAAACGCAGGGGAAGAAGAAGUUUGGAAGUGGCUGCACCUUUGGAUGACUCUGUUGCUGUUGACAUGGAUGAUGUUAAGAAGGUUGAUGGCAAAGAAGAGAAAAAAUACGAAUUCCAUUUUGAAUUUGAUAAUUCAGUUGUUGUGGAUGAUAAGAAAGCAUUGGUUGAGUAAAAAAAACAUGUGCGAUCUUUUUAAUGAGAAAUUUUGCACAUAAAAAAUAAGCUUGUAGUAUAGCGUAAUCACGUUUUAUUUAUUGUGUUAAGUUUGCAAAAAGAAAAUAAUUUGCAAAUAGCUUUGUGUGGGCACUGUGUUCUACAUAUAAUAGACAUGACUGCAAGUGAAUGUCACCUUGAAGAAGCACAUGCAUAAUUUUAACACGUGCAUAAUAUUAUUCCUUUUUAUAUAUAAGUUGUAAAUCUGUACUGUUUUUUUUUUUUUGGAAAUAAACACGAAAAAUAAAAA